AUGUUGCGAUGUAAUAACCUUGACAUGACGUCUUUAUUACUGAAACUAUGCCGGUGUGAGCCAACUUUAAAAUGUCAACAAUGUUCAUACGUUAAGACUAUUAUUCCGCAACGAUAUGACGCGGACAACCCGAACGAACUUCCAUGGCCUGUUAGUCUAUAUAUAGAUCCGUACGACCGAAUUUUUAUUGUCGAUAAAAUGUGUGAUCGAGUCCUCCUGAUGGUUGCUCAGGAUGACAUCUACUCAGCUGCUAUAGCUGGAGAUACUGAAAACACCAAAAUUUAUGAUCGACUAUUUUGUCCCACCAGCGUCUACUACGAGGAAGAAAACUAUUCUUUAAUUAUUGCCGACGCUGGAAGCCGACGGAUCAUCCGUUGGUUAUUUACUGAAGGUUCAAUACGUCGACGCUUCAAAGCCUGGUGGAAAAAUACACAGUGCGAGACACUCAUUGAAGACAUUGACUGUUUUGGAAUAGCAGUCGAUGACCGCGGAUUUCUUUAUGUGGUUGACUCCGUCAAGGGUCAAGUGACCAGAUGGCCUUUGAGAGGGGUCAGCGGUCUAUUAAAACUAGGUGUGCAUGGUAAAGUGGUUGCUGGCGGUAAUGGCUGUGGCAAUUGUCUUGAUCAACUCAACAAUCCGUCAUACAUCUUUGUUGACCAAGAUUAUUCAAUCAUUAUCUCAGAUACAGGAAAUAAUCGUAUCAUGAUAUGGUUCGAAGGUUCUCCAUCCGGAAAAACUCUCGCUGGUGGCCGAGGAAGAGGAAAUAAACUAGAUCAAUUAAGUUCUCCUCAAGGAAUAACUUUUGACAAUUUCGGUCGUGUGUACAUCGCAGACGCCGGCAAUAGCCGAGUAGUGCGUUGGACUCCAGGCGCUACAGAAGGAGAAAUACUUGUGGAUAGUUCUGCAAGUAAAGAUGAGUUUAACCAAGUGACUGAUCCUCGUGGUUUCGCAUGGGACAAUGAAGGCCAUCUCUAUGUCGCCGAUGCAAAGAUUGGACGAAUUUUAAAAUUUAAAAUAGAUGAUUCUUGA